AUGUUCAGCAGUAGGAGACCACAACCAUCAAACAGCUUCUCCUCUCGAUAUGGAACAGGCAAAUCCACAAAGCCAAAGUCUUCGUUCCGAGAGCAAUCCGUCACCCGGGGCCUCCAGCGCUCCGAGUCGAUGAGGUCUCAGAGAAGGGAACCCAGCACCCAUCAUACAAGCCCUCCAGUUGGCAGUACCCUCACUUCGGCCAUCAUCACCAUCUGCGUCGGUCCCGAGCAGAGGCUCUUCGCCGGCCACGAAGAAGUCCUCUCGCGCUCCCCUUUCUUCGAGGCUGCCUGCAAGGGCCAGUUCUUUGAGUCCAACGCCAGAAGGAUCAACUUGCCUGAUGAACAACCAGAGAUCCUGUCUGCUGUUCUGGAAUACCUCUACAAGGGAGACUACUAUCCGAAGCUGUUGCAUAACAAGAAAAAAGAUACUUGGGAAUUGGAAGAUGAGGCAAAUGGGUCCAAUGUGACCAUAUAUCAUCACGCAGCCAAACAGAACCUGAUGAGGGAUACAGUCAUCUAUUGUUCAGCCGAACUGUAUGGCCUCGAAGAACUCAAACGCCUUGCCCUUCGCAAACAAGGUCUGCGACAGGGCAUGCAGAUUUCAACAAUCCUCGCCUCGGCACGCUUCGCUUACAGCCACACGCCCGACUCUGACUCAAAGCUUCGUGCCCAAUACCUCACCUUGAUCAUCCGCAGCCGCAACAACUUCAAGAAAAGCGGCACCAUGAAGGUCGAAAUGGAGCAAGGCGGCACCCUGUUCUUCGAUCUUUUCGUUGCUAUGUGCAACCAUAUGGACGACCUCAAGACAGUUCGCUCACCCUUUGCGUCGCCGUUCACUCGCUAG